AUGGCUACUGAGAAACCAUCGAUAGGUUUCGUCGGCCUGGGCCUCAUGGGCUUUGGCAUGGCCACCAAUCUGAUCAAGCUAGGUUAUGUCGUCAAGGGAUAUGACAUCCAGGAGACAACAAUGGCCCGCUUCAAGGACGCUGGCGGCCAGAUCGCUUCGUCUCCUGGAGGUGCCGCGGGUGGGAAUAUGUUCUGUGUUUGCAUGGUCGCUACCGCUGCUCAGGCACAGGUCGCCAUUUUUGACCAUGAAAAUGGCAUUGCGAAGGGUCUCCCCAGUGGCGCUACCCUCAUUCUGUGUUCCACUGUUUCAGCCGUUUCCGCGCAGUCGUACCGUGAUCAGCUCGUGUCAAUUGGCCGCGAAGAUGUAUACUUUAUCGACGCACCUGUGUCGGGCGGAGCCCGGAAAGCCGGAGAGGGUACUCUCACAAUAAUGGCAGGCGGCUCAGAUGCAGCGCUUGAAGAGGGAAAAUUCCUCCUUACAGAGAUGGCGGAUACGAAUAAACUAUACUUUGUGCCUGGCGGAGUCGGCGCGGGCAGCAACAUGAAGAUGAUCCACCAAGUGUUCGCUGCUAUCCAUAUACUCGCGGCCAGUGAAGUCAUGGGGUUUGCUGCACAUUUGGGGUUGAAUGCCGAAGAAGCGGGCAAAGCAGUUACAUCAUCCCUUGCAUGGAGCUUCAUGCAUGAGAACCGCUGCGAGCGUAUGCUACGAGAGGAUUAUUAUCCAGGAGCGAGUGCUAUUACUAUUAUUCUAAAAGAUGUGGGCAUCGUCACCGCGGCUGCACGCCUUCAUAACUUUCCCACCCCACUCUGUAGCAUUGCGGAGCAAAUAUUCAUCACCGCCCUCCCUCUCGGCUUCGGCGGUGAUGACGACGCCAGUGCCGUGCGCCUCUACUACCGAGAUCCCAUCACCAAUGCUGAGCCGAAGGCGUCCCUCAACCCCAAAAGCAACGCGGCGGCGCUCAAACUCAUCGUCAAUUUACUUACCAACAUCCAUCUAAUCGCUGCCGCCGAAGCCAUCGCUUUCGCCCGACUCCUCAAAGUCGAUCUGCAACUGGUCUACGCCGUCGUCAACGCUGCCGCGGGCGCGAGUACAAUUUUCAAACUUCGUGGUGAGGGAAUGAUCGCAGAAUUGACUGGUGGGUUUGACAGUGGCAGCACGAAGACGGUGAAUGAGGCCACGGCGGAGCUUGCCGCUGUUGUUCAGGCAGCGAGGGAUGUUUAUUGCCCGCUUCAUAUGGGGAAUGCUGCGCUUAAUAUACUUUAUUUGGCUCAGAAGCAGGGGCUGGGUGAGAAGACUGAUUCGCACAUUUUGCGGGUUUAUGAGAAUGGAGAGUGA